AUGGAACUGUCUUCGUCGAUCGUUCUCUCACCCCAGACGGUGCAUAAUAAUCAAUCCUCUGACCCCGGCCAUCUACCCCCAUCACAACACGUUCUGCACCAGCAAUACCCCUCUAGCUCCAGCAGAGGCGCUAAUGAAGCCGGUGAUGAAGACACCAAGUAUCCGAUCUCGAAUGCCUCGCACGCUCCCAUCUACGACCAGUCUUACACCCAUCUCUCGGUCCCUUCGGGGAAUCCACAGACAAGCAGCUGCUUCAACCAUCGGACAGAAACCAUGAACAACGCUCCUCUAACUAAGCAGCAAUCGCCUUCGCUCUCACAAAAAUCAACACCCACGCCCCCACCUACCUCAUCGCCAUCCUCACCCUGUCACUCAGCACCCUCUAACUUGAUCGACCUCAACUCGAUUGUUUCGUUUUCUCAACUACUACAAAGAAAGGAUGAUGUGAUUUUGGCACUAAAAUAUCGCUCAGGUGACCAUCUAGCCACCCAAGCUUUAGAGCUUUUGAGAGCGGGCCGAGAGCGGGUCAAGCGAAUCACGGCAGCGGGCAGGGCAGCCACUGGGAAACCACCAGUGAAGCAUAUUCAAGAGCAAUACCUGGCUGUCUUUAGCCGUUUCUCAGAAUAUUGUACCUCUCAAAAUAUCCCAACAUGGCCCAUCGAGCCAGUCCGAGUCGCUAUCUGGGUACUGGCUAUGCAAGAGAAAUCGCCACCCACACCCGCUACCCUAAGACAGUACAUAACUAGAUUGGAGUUUACGUGUACGGUCACUGCUGGAUUGUUUGAGCCUGAAUUCGGAGCGUCCUCUCCUCUGAAAGGCAGCGCCCUACUUCGGGAACUUGUGAAUCGAGACCUUCCCGGACAGCCCCCAUCUCGGCAGCCUCGUUCGCCCUCGAGUUCAAAACCCAUCCAGAAGCGUGGCCGUAGUCUGUCGACUUGCGAGACUGGAGAGCAUUCUCUGACGCCGUCAGGCAAGAAAUGGUCGAGGUUCGAAGGCGGUCCUGGGGAAUUAGAGCGAUACGAUCACUAUCUGUCCCCGUUCAGCCCUUCGGUCUCCUAUCAAGCAACGUCACUGAUCCCCCACCAGAGUAACCCUGAAAUGUGGGCGGCCCACUCCGGUCAUCAACCAGAGCAUUAUCCCAACGAGGUCCUGCAUCAUUGCCAUCCGCAUCCAGCAGUUCCCCAGCACUUUCAUCCGGAAUCAAAUCACCACCUGGCACAUCACCAUUCUGCUGUCAACGGUCGCCCUCGCUCGCAUGAAGUCGUCGGGAAUUCUGUUCAGUUGCAUCCCUCUCACCGAACCCUGCCCCCAUAUCCGAGAGGUUACCCUCAUGAAUACAUCAACCCUCACGGAAAUUCGCCUUUCCAAUCCCACCAUUCUAUCAUUCCACCCAACGGGGAUAGCCGACACAUUCCUGAUCCCGCUUCUAAUCAGUGGUCUUAA